UCAAUUUUCAUCAUAAUCAUAAUCAAUAUCGCAAUUAUCAUAAUAAUGAAAAUGAAAAUCAUCAUCAAAAAACAUCAUAUUUAUCAUCAUCAUCUAGUUUAUUACCAUCAACAAUUAUUGAUCGUAUAUUUCGUACAGCAUUAAAUGCAAGUAUUAUUCCAACUGUUUAUCUCAGUCAAACAACAACAGCAACAGCAACAGCAACAACAAUUUCACCAACAAAUUUUCAAUUAAAUAAUACAACAAUAUUAUCUUCACAUAAUGAUACUGAUGAUUAUUUUCUGUUACAUAAAUCAAGCAAUACUAUGUACAAUCAUCUUAUCGAUAAUAAUGAUCCAUCAUCUAUCAUAAAUUCACCGGUAACAUUAUUACCAUCAUUAUCAAAUAUGAUUGAUUCAAGUUUAGAUACUGCCACAGCAAUGUUUACAACAACAAUUAAUUCAAUUUCACAUAAUCUAUCAUCGUUAUCGUCGGCAAAUUCAAUAAUAGCAACAACAACAGCCACAGCAAAUUCAUUACCAAUGAUGAUUAUGAAUAGUGAUAAUAAUGAAAUAAUUGAACCAAUGAUUAGUGAUUGGAUUGAUAUUGUGAUUUUUGUGCUCAAACUUUUAAUAUUGGGUACCAUAAUUUUUUCGGCCAUAUUUGGUAAUCUUCUUGUUAUUAUUGCUGUGUUCCGGCAUCAUCGUCUACGAAUUACAACCAAUUACUUUAUCGUAUCAUUAGCAUUUGCUGAUAUAUUAGUUGCAUUAUUUGCAAUGACAUUCAAUGCAUCAGUUGUUAUCAGUAAAAGAUGGAUAUUUAAUCAAUUUUUGUGCGAUUUUUGGAAUAGUUGUGAUGUAUUAUUUUCAACAGCAUCAAUUAUGCAUCUAUCUUGUAUUAGUUAUGAUCGUUAUUAUGCAAUAAUAAAACCAUUAGAUUAUCCAAUGAAAGUGACCGGUAAACGUGUAGCAAUAAUGUUAACUUGUGUUUGGAUUUUAUCAGCAUUGAUCUCCUAUAUACCAAUAUUUACCGGUAUUUAUACUACAGCUGAAGCAAUGGAACAACGAAAAUUAUAUUCAGAUCAAUGUGAAUGGGUUGUUAAUAUUCCAUAUGCAUUAAUAUCAUCAACAAUAUCAUUUUGGUUACCGUGUAGUAUAAUGUUAUCAGCAUAUUAUAAAAUCUAUCGUGAAGCAAUUAAACAAGAAAAAUUCAUUUAUCGUACACAACAAAUGGCCAAUCAAACUAAUCAUCAUCAUUUACAACAUCAAAAAAAUCGUCUUAUCAAUAAUAAUAAUAAUAAUAAUAAUAAUAUAAAUAAUAACAACAAUAAUAAUAAUAAUAAUGCUGAUGAAGAUGGUGCAACUAGUCGAUUAAAUGCUCCAAAACAUUCAAAUACAUCGGAAAAUAAUGUUAUUCAGAUUCAAUCAACAUCAUCACAUCGAAAUUCACAUUGUGAUCCUGAUCCAGAAUCAGGUUCAUCAACACCGACCAAACGUACAAUAUCAAAAAUGAAACGUGAACAUAAAGCAGCUAAAACAUUGGGUAUAAUUAUGGGUGCAUUUAUUUUAUGUUGGUUACCAUUUUUCAUUUGGUAUGUUGUUAGUACCAUAAUGAAUGCAGAUACACCAACAGUUAUUGUACAUAUCCUAUUCUGGGUUGGCUAUCUAAAUUCAGCAAUGAAUCCAAUCAUUUAUGCUUAUUUUAAUCGUGAAUUUCGUGAAGCAUUUAAAGAAACAUUAAGAAAUAUAUUCUGUCGUUGUUGUCAUCUAAAAUGUUUAGAAUCACAACGAAAUGAUGCUAUAUCUUUCAGUUGUACAUAUCGAUCAACAAUGGAUGUAAAUGAAAAUAAAUAUCUUAAAGAUUGAACCAAAAAAACAAAACAAUGUUUGUUAAUGAAAUUUGUUUCACAAUAAUAACAAACAACCUUUAUCGUUUUGUAAUGAGAUGUGAUGUUUGUUGUCUAUUUGUUGUUUUGUGUACGUGCCACAUCAGUCA